AUGGCAUCAGUGUAUGAGCUCGAACCUUGGUGCAUAACCGACUUUCAACGGCAGGAUAUCGAAAAAUUGCAUGAACCCAUGAUGGUCGACCACGAAUUGUAUCCGGGCUUCAUGACAACGUCGCAAGACUACACUUCAGCCUUUGUCGAGAAUCCCCAGGAAUGGAUAGACCCUCCAAUGGCCUGGACUGCACAACCGGAAUACCCGAAGACCAGUGAACCACAGCGUUACCCACAGUCCUGGGUGGAUGCGGGCCUGACCAUCCACUCCUCCGGGGGUAAAUGGAAUGAUCUUGAGGACCCAAGUGGUGGUUCCAACUCAUUGUGGAAUCAAAGAGUAUACAACGGAAGCUCUGCGCCCGACGUUGAGCGUCAGCGCUGGAAUUCGCUCAUGGCUACUCAACGAGCCCUCUUCAUGACUCCCACCGCACCAACAACGAGACCUUUCACCGGCGUCCCUGGCUCCCCACUUUCCGACCCCUGCGGCACACCCGAUACAAGCAAUGCGUCCAUGGGUUCAUGGGAAGCCGACCGAGACGGCGAAGAUACGCAGCAGUCCCGGUCUCUCGAUUUGUCUUCAAGUCACGGAGCACUCCCGGAGCUGUCGUACCUGUCUGCUCAACCGGCCCUUUCUCAAUGGGAGGAAGAAGACAGCUCUGCCACGUUGGAGAUGCCCGAUGGCACCACACGUCGUACCCUCAACUGGCUACCCGUGGAUACCAGCGCUGGAUUCACCAUUGGAGCGGGUCAAGCUGAUCACGCCCAGAGGGAACAGGACAUGCAUGAUUUCCGAGACUUGCAGGGCGCGUUCAUCCCCAAUUCUGCUCAGUCCUGGACGUACAACCGAUGA